AUGGUGUUCUCCAGCCGCACCUUCCAGCACCUCAGCUGGGGUGUCGCCUUUUGUUUCAUCUGCAUAUGGAGCACAUACCUCACCUUUGAAAACUAUGCGGAGCACGAGCGACAGAAGGAAACGUACGAAGAACAGCUGAUGGUGGCGAGGGAGCGACUGGAGGAAGUCAACAGAGAAGCCAACAAGCUGCGCAAGCAGCGUGAUGUCACUCUCGAGGCGCACCUGCGCAAGAUCCGGCAGCUGGAGAUCCAGAAGAAGACUUUGCAGGUUUCACCCUCUCCACUCGGCGCGCGCGCGUGCCGUGGAGCUGAGCACAGUCUGGACAUGAAGAAGCUGGCCCAGCACGACAACAUCACCAAGUUUCACAUCAUCUCCCACACUCAUUGGGAUAGAGAGUGGUACCUCCCCUUCGAGCAGUUUCGUGGCCGUCUGGUGAAGCUGUUGGAUGACGUGCUCGACCAAAUGGACACCGACCCCACGUUCCAGCACUUUCAUCUCGAUGGCCAAAUGAUUCCAGCCGACGACUAUAUGGAGAUCAGACCGUACAUGAAGGAGAGGAUCCAUCUGGCCAACUUGCAGAACAAGAUCGCCCUGGGACCCUGGUUUGUGCAACCCGACGAGUUCCUGGUAACUGGCGAAGGGCUCGUCAGGAACCUCAUGCUGGGCAUUCGCAAGGCCGAGGCGCUGGGCGGCUCCUCGCUCGUGGGCUACAUUCCCGACUCGUUCGGGCACAUCGCACAACUGCCGCAAAUGCUGCUGGGUUUCGAUAUCGAAUCGGCAGUGUCCGGACGUGGUCCAGGCCCCAAGCAGCCCAGCGAGGUACCGCGUGUGUGUGUCGUGCGUGUCGUGCUUGCGCGUACCAUGAGAACAACACCUCACGCGCUCAUUCGUCGUGGCGAAGCUGUGGUGGCAAUCCCCCGAUGGCUCUCGAGUCUUGUUCAUCCACCUUCGUCGGUGGUAUUGUAA